GAGUAAUCGCUGUCUGGUUGAAGUUUGUCCCUCUGCAGCUACGGUUACCCCCUGACGUCACUCAGCUAGCCGUGAGUGGCUAAACAACUCAUUUGUGUCUGGCCAGUUGCUAUAAAAUCGUCUGCCUGUUGAGCUUAGAGAUAUUCUCUGACGCACGAUACGUUUUUAGUCCUGUUGCUGCUUGGGUAUGUGGUUCUCCUGUGUCAAAGUGUUUUACUGAUUGCCAGACGCUUCCGGGUAAUCGCGCUGUGUAUUGCUGAAGGUCCUGGGCAAAGCACACACCGGGUAGCUUUACCACAAUUUACUAGCAUCAAGAAGGUCUGGGGCAAAGUACCCGCCGUGUAGCUGUAACGUUACUGCCAGACGCUUCCGGGUAAUCGCGCUGUGUGCUUUUGAAGGUCCUAGAAGGGUUGUGAAGACCAGCGCAAAGGCCUGUUUUUCCACCGUGUCAGUUCAUAUGUCAACAUUGAGGCAGAUUGCUCCUGCUGCUUUGCCUUGCCUGAAUUAAGUUUUAUAUAUUUCUUUUCUUUAUUGUUUAUUUUGCCGUAGCCUCCGUCUACUGCUCUGUCUGACUGAUGUGGUAUUGGCUGUGCUAGUAGUGUAUAGCGUUACAUUUCUCUAUCCAUUUUUCUAGUGAUAACUAACUUGUUCUUUUCCUUGUCUUUCCAGAGUAUUAGCGUAGCUGCUCACAAGAGAGGUUCCUGGUUCCGUCCCCACACCCUGCACCACGUAUUGUAGUGGUAAAUUGCACUUCACAAUCUUGUUUGAAUCAUCGGCUUGUGGUGGUGUGUGUGUGCGUGUGUGUGUGUGUGUGUGUGUGUGCGUGUGUGUGGAUGCAUGGGAUCGUGGGCUCCAGGUUCCAGAGCACGGGUGGUGAACGUCACGCGUAUCUCGGACAGGUAACCUGCCUUGCCAGCGAAUCAGUAUUUUCUAGUUUAAUUGGUAAUCAUACAUUGUCCCCUGUAACAGCUAAUGCCAGGUCUAGUCUCUAUUAGUAAUGUGUCUCUAGGAUGACGGUGUGGCUCUUUUAAUGAUACCAUUGUAUAAUAAAGUUUUGUUACUGUUUUUCUACUGAGAACACGUCUCUGUCUAGUUCAUCUUAUGUGUACUUCGACGAAUCUGCUCGCCUUAAAUCAGGUAUUUAGCAGUUCAGGUGUAAAGUAUAUCCUGGUGUGAGAGGCACCAGGUGGCGUAGUCCAGAACCUUUAAAAUCUAGAUCUGUUCAAAGCACCGAAAGGUCACAAAGUGGCGUAGUCGGCAGGGUUGUUGCACACAGAGACGUGUCUUUUUUUUCUUUUCUUUUCUUUCUCUUUUUUUUGUUUUAUGUAUAUUUUGAUUUUCAAGGCAUAGUAGUCGGCUAAGGGCAAAGCAGCAGUGGGCACGGCGUGGGACCUAAAAGAGCAGUGGGCAGACCACUGACUACCCCACCGCCUCUCUUGUAACGUGGGCAUUACUCCGCUGCAGCAAUGGACGAAGUUGAACAGCUGAGAGAACAGAUCCGUCAGCUGCAGGCAGAUAAUGGCCGCCUGCAGCAGCAGCAACCACCGCCGCCUCAGCCGGACAAUUCCGCCAACCCUGCUAACCCUGUGUCCCAUGAACGGAUGAUGUAUCUCCCUAGGGAACGGAAGUGUCCUGUAUUCCGGGGUAGGGUGGGUAUUGACAUUGUGGAGUGGGUGGAAGAGGUGGAGGUCUGUGCGCGUACUAGACGUUUGGGUGCACUUGACAAAGCUUAUUUUAUGUUUGAUCAUCUGGAUGGGGAGGCUAAAGAUGAGAUUCGCUAUAGGCCAAGGGCAGAUCGGGAAAACCCGGAAAGAAUUGCAAAUAUUCUCAAAGAACUUUAUGGGUGUUCCCAGUCUUAUGUUGCCUUACAAGAAAGUUUCUUUUCUAGAAAACAAUUAGAUGGUGAAUCUUUACAAGAAUAUUCACAUGCUCUCUUUUCUCUGAUGGAUAAAGUUAAACAGGUCUCCCCUGAUUCAGUACCCCAGUUUGACAUGUUGCUCCGUGACCAGUUUGCAGAGCACGUUAUUGACUCGGACCUCCGCAGGGAGUUGAAGAGGCUUGUCCGUCAGACCCCAGGGAUGUCCAUGCUAGAAGUGCGUGCUGCUGCCAUCCGGUGGGAGUGUGAGGGCAGGCCCAGUGACUUCAAUAGGGGUAGGAGUCAUUCAGUUCCCUCUCUUUGCGCUAUGCAGUACUCCAAGACUCAGCCAAGCAGAGCUUCAUCGCCCAUUAGUAUGGCAAGUUCAGAAAUGGCAGAGCUGCGGUCUAUGUUGCUGAAGCAACAAGAACAGAUCAACCACUUAACUAGUGCCUUAACUACUUUGCAAGGAGUAGCUCGCCCAGCCUAUUCCAAUCGUCCCUCUCUAGUUAGUCGGCCGUCAACUGUCAUUUGUAGGCGAUGCUUAAAACCUGGUCACUACGCUCGAGAGUGUAACAAUGAGAGAGUAGUAGCUCCUAAUUACAUCCCCCAGGCCCAAGCUCAGGCUAAUGUUGUCUCAGUUUCUCAGUCGGAAAACUAGCUCCCUUCAGCGUGCAGAGCCACACGCUGAGAGGGGAUGGUAGCGGCUCUCAGAAUCAGAAUACUCUUAGUCACCCUGUAACCUCCCUUGUCGCUCAGUCCCCGAAGGUAACUGUGAGAGUAGGGGGAGUAGUUGUCAGUUGUCUUUUGGACACAGGGUCUAUGGUAUCUACCUUGGUAGAGAGUUUCUUUGUGCAACAUUUCAAGGAUAAACUUCAACAGUGUAAUUGGUUGCAGCUUCGGGCUGCAAAUGGUCUAGACAUACCCUAUAUCGGGUAUGCUGAG